ACACAUAUUAUCUCGUUGCCCAUGUCGAUGUCGAAUGUCGAAUGUCGGCAUAUCUGAGCCACCACCGUCGUCGCCAAUUACCUACCAAUAGGGUCUCGACAGCCUUACCUCUGAGCUUCCCUUUAGUCUCUUGACCCCUCGACCCCUCGACGUUGGGUCUGCUUGCAUUAAGCCGCUCAUGACUACAUACAUGACCACAUACCUAGUCCAGUUUCCUCCUACAUACACAUACAUUACAUUCAUAUCUUAUUAUAUCUCGCAUAGCAACAACAUCAGCUGCCUAGCCCGGGUCCGCUACGCCUUGCUUCUUGUAUCUGUUCUCCCCGCCCUUUAAACAAUCUCGCAGUCCGUUCCAAUCUUCAAUACACUCGAAUUUCCAAGUCGGGUCGAACUUGGACCACGGUCGACUUGGAGUCACCAUUGCCACGCCAACACGUCGCUAUUACAACUCGGCUUGCCCCGCCGGCUAUAGCUGCGGACUCAGCACAGUCCUUCGUUCCAAAUUCUCUUAAUAGCGGAAAUCGCAGAACAGACCAGGUCCAUGAAGCUUGAACGAUAGCGCGCUGUUUUAUUCAAACACCGCCGUCAUGGCAGCACAGGCAGGCUUGCCGUCGCAUGAGCCCCCGCCAUCGUCGGAACAUGGUAGACUAACUAACAUGUGGAAGAAGAUUCUGGGGAAGGACAACAACCAUGCGCCAACGUCCCAAAUAACGAACCCUGAAGCAGAACCUAGGGCGUCUCUAGACUCUUCACCUAGUAGUUCGGGCUUGUUGCGCAGGGUUUCGAGAAAGGUGGUUCCGGGCCUGCCCCGCGCUAAGACCUUCAAGAGACAGCAGUCUGAAGUGAGGGAGAAGCUCGAGGUUAUCGAGCCUACGUCAGUGGAACGCAGGGCCGUUUCGGUUGAUAGACGCAUGCGUAUUCAACGCAGCGUCUCCCAUGUGGACCAGCCUCUUCCGCGCGCGAGUGCGCCUGACUUUCUUGAUAAUUCUCGGGGUUCUCGGGGUUCGCUUAGCCCUAACACCGUCGUUUCUCAGCCCAAAUCACCAAAAGCAUCAGCUCCUCAGACCCCUAUCGACGAAAAACAGUUCUUAAGCCUCCAAGAUGCCAACACUGCCAAUUUAACCCCGGAUACAGUUCCGGAUGCCGCGCCGGAGCACCGUGGCCUACUCCGACCGGUACUCACCCGCGGCGAAUCGCGAACGCCUAUCGAUGCCCAAUCCUUUACAUCGUCUCAGUAUGAUGCAAUCAUCAACGACGAGCUGGAGCGGAAAUGGAUUCUCAACCUGAGUAUGCAUUUCCGAGAUAAAUCCAGGAGAGAAAAGUUUUUCGUCACAUAUCGCGAAGAAGAACAUGUGUGGAGACGGGUAACUAUCUCCCUAGAUUAUCGAAAUGCCCCAGAUGACUCUCUAGAGAAGGAUUUACUACAUAUCAAAUUUCAAAGAGAGAAGAGUGCCAAGAUUUACGAGGCUAUACGCGAAAGCCUUCAGGAUAUUCAAUUCUACCCGACAGUCACCAAUCUUAAGCUGCAGACGACGGAUGGAAGACUGCACGUGCACGUGGUGGAAGAUGUCAACGAGAUCAUCAAUUACCCCACCGUCCGCAUGAUUCAGCAUUUGAAAUGUCGACGUGUCCGGGAGAGAGAUCUUGUAUUCGACUCUCACAUGUCAGGCUUCGUCUACAAGGUCCGUGUUGAUGGGAAGACACUCAUUAAGAAAGAAAUACCAGGGCCAGACACAGUAGACGAAUUCCUCUACGAAGUCAACGCCCUCAAUUCCUUGCAUUUCUCCCGCAACGUUAUCGAAUUUAAUGGCGUUGUGGUUGACGAUGAGGAUGAGUCCGUCAAGGGCCUACUCAUCAACUAUGCAGAGAAGGGUGCGCUUAUCGACGUGAUUUACGAUUCGCAAGAAGAAGGUCGUUUCCUGCCGUGGUCUCUUCGAGAGAAAUGGGCAAGGCAGAUCGUCCAGGGCCUAUCGGACGUCCAUGAGGCCGGGUUUGUACAAGGCGAUCUUACACUCUCUAACAUUGUCAUCGAUUACAACGACAACGCAAAAAUUAUAGACAUUAACAGACGAGGUUGCCCAGUCGGGUGGGAACCUCCGGAGGCUACUCCACUCAUCGACAGUAACCAGCGGAUCUCGAUGUACAUCGGUGUAAAAUCCGAUCUCUACCAGCUAGGAAUGGUAUUGUGGGCGCUCGCGACGUUGGAGGACGAGCCGGAAGCGCAUCGACGUCCACUUCGUUUGAGUCCCGAGAUCGAAGUCCCGGAUUUCUAUCGCACCAUGGUGGAGUAUUGCUUGCACGAGGAUCCACGUGUCCGACUUCAAGCUACCGUACUACUGAAGCUAUUCCCCGAGCGCACUCACGAUGACGACUAUGAUAGGCAAACGGUGCCUUCGAUUUCUGUCGACGACGGAUUUUCUAUGAGAGAAUAUACGGUGGACGGGUAUCAAGGUAACGGUCAUCUGCAAAUCAAACCAACUCAGCCUCGGGAUGCUUGGUCAUUUUCCAACUUCGGUAAUACACAUGCUACGUCGCCAGGUUUCUCCGACGACCCGUUCUACUACCCAUCGAGGGGACGAUCUCCGCCUAGAUCAUUGCCGAGUAACCACGACAUGUAUAGCCCGCCCUACUUUGAACAACGCGAGGUAUGGCCCAAUAACGUCACAGAUUCGACGACCAAUGCCACGGAAUCGAAAGAGCAGGCUGCCGAUGCUUCAAGAGAAGGACAGACGACGGCAGAUGUAAUUGAGAAAGUGCAACGAGACGUCGAUGAAUCAGCGGCGGAAGGAACUCGAACGACUGGUGGUGAAAACCAGACGAAAGAAGCCGCGUUGGCAACUAGCGCCGACAAACCGCCUAAGGUAGCCGCCAAGGACGUCGAAAAGGCCUUACCUUUCACUGACGACAAUACAGAAGCUGUCAUACCUACUGACGGCCCUACGACGACGGCUGCGCUGGCUGAGGAGCAAACUUUGGAAGUUUCGCGACCACGGAGCGAAACUGAAGCUUGGAGACAAACCGGAGUAGCACAGUUCGACGAGCCAGGGGACGCGGGUAGGUCCGUAAUACUGGCACCUCACCAAGCCAACGAGGCCAUCCAGCCUUCUGCAGAUGAAGAUGAAGAAAUUGAGCUACCCAAUCACUAUACACACGACAGUACGGUUAUACCACCGCAACCAACAGAAGCAUCAAACUUGCCAGCUGAAUUAACGGGUAUCGGAUCGAAAUACGAAGACGAUUUUCCUCGAGAACUAAACUUCUCCGACGAAGAGCUAGAACCCUCUACGACAGUCCCGACAACGAAUGUGGCAUCUCAAGCCUAA